UUUCUACACAACUUAACGAAUCUUUUAUUCAAAAUAGACACUCUAAACGCAGCCAUCCAGACGAAUAUUCAUUUUUACUCUGAAUGCAUCCAUCAAAAAAUUCAAAAUACAUUCGCUAUUGGCUAUCGGCUCAAAAAUAUGAAACUGACAGCUGGCUGAUACUCGAUGUCGUACAAUUGUGUUUGUUUUUAUGGAAUUGUUUGUUGUUUUUUGAUUUGUUGUGCCUAUUUUAUUUUGAAAUGGACAAAUUUGUAAUUAGGACUGCAAAGCCAAGCACCAGCAAGUCACAAACGCAAAACAAGUCACAAACUACAAUUGUAGAAGCUGGGUCUAGCAAAAGAUUGAUGGACCAUGAUUCGGAAUCAUCAUCAAGUGAUGAUGAACCAACAACAAUUAUUGCAUCGACACAAAAAAGGUACAAACAGAAAUACAAAAGUUCUUGGGAGAUUGAUUAUACCUGGUUGCAGUGCGUCAACGGUAGCGGUUUCUGCAAAAUCUGUUUUAAACCGCUUGAAAAUAAUAAAAAAAAUCUACAGAGGCACCAUGAUUCACCCAGGCACAUAAGCAAAGUUAAAAAUGAAAUGGAAAUGAUGUCUAUACCUAAUUUGUUUAAACAAACAAGUGUACGCGAUUCAGAAAGCUCAAAAACAAAAGCUGAACUUACUUGUUUGAUGUUUUGCAUAAAACGCAACUUGUCUAUUGUAAAUAUGGAUUUCCUUCCUACCCUAAUUUCCACUGUUUGCCCAGACUCAUCCAUUGCAAAAACUAUUAAAUGUGGACGGACCAAAGGAACUUCCAUGCUUAAUAAUAUAGUAGGACCAUUUGCCCAAUCGUUAAUAAUCGAACAACUUAAGAAUACCAAGUUUUCGAUUAUAAUUGAUGAGACGACUGAUGUCUCCUCUACCAAGUGUUUAGUUAUUGUAACUCGGUUUUUUAACAAUGUUUUAAACAAAAUGACUGACCAUUUCUUUGGAUUGGUAGAGCUCCAGCUGUCAGAUUCUCAAGAAAUAUUUUCAAGCCUCAAAUUAAUUUUCGAGGAAAAAAAUAUUCCACUUACGAAUAUUUUAGGACUAGCAACAGAUAAUGCUUCUGUUAUGUCCGGUAGUAUAGGGGGGGUGAGAGCAAGGUUUCAGAAUGCAAACAAGGAUAUAUUUUUUCUUGGAUGUACGUGCCAUUCUUUGCAUCUGUGUGCCUCUGCAGCAUCCAAAAAAUUGCCAGAACAUGUUGAAAAGAUAGUCAAAGCAAUAUACAACUAUUUUGCUCAUAGCCCAAAACGUAUUGGUGCAUACAAAGAGUUUCAAGAAUAUUUUGAUGUCAAAAGCAACAGUAUUUUAGGUUUAUCUUCCACACGUUGGCUUUCGAUGGAAGGUGUAGUGAAUCGUAUUUUGCAACAAUGGCAGCCCUUGCAAUAUUAUUUUAAUUUACAAUCUUUCGACAAUCAAAGUUCAUGUUCGGAUAUAACAAAUUUUUUAAUGAAGCCGCAGAGUAAGCUUUAUCUUCUUUUUCUGUCCUACAUACUAAAAUUAAUAAACCACACCACGGAUAUGUACUUUGGGAUUGAGUUUCAACAGUAUCUUGAUUCGCAAGAUAUUGUCGCGGAAGAUUUAAUCGUGAUUAAAAGUAUGUUAUUACAGUUUUAUAAGGAGCUAUGUAAACAAAUUAAAAAACGGUUCGAUUUCAACAAUAAAAAAAUUCAAUUACUUAAGUAUUUAGAUGUGAGCCAAAUAGUAGGUGGCACUAUGCCGUCAAUUUUACCAAUUUUGGAUGAGUUUCCGUUUUCAAGCGAAAAUAAAGAAAUGCUUAAUAGCCAAUGGAGAUUUUUGUUGGGUAAUAAGGAUUUAGUUAGCAAAUACCAUGAUCCAUUGGAUAUAACUAAGUUUUGGUCUGGAUUGGGGUCAAUUAAAAACGCUAUAGGUGAACAAUUUUGUGCUGAACUUUCAAAAUAUAUGCUCAUGCUUUGCUCAUUGCCCCACAGUAGCGCAGCGGCUGAAAGAAAAUUCUCAUUGGUUAAUGCAGUAAAAACUGAUUUGCGAAACAGCCUUAACACCAAAACUCUUGAAAAUAUUAUUUUAGCUAAAGAACUAACAGACCCCAAAAAGAACUGUUGGGAGCCCUCAGACUCACCAGGCAUUCUUGACUUUUUUAAUCAAUUUAACUUUGUAAACGGCGAGUUUAAAAGAAAGUAGGGCAAAAGCAAUUUUUUUUUUAUAUGUAUGUAUGUAAAUAAGAUACAUUUUACGUUUUUAUUUAUUUUUUAUAUUCAAACUAAUAACUUGCAAUUGAUAUUGCUCCAAUGAAAAUGUGAUUUUUUGUUAAUUUCGUUUAUAAAACUUUCUAAGGCACUGAAUGCAAACUGAUUUAAAUACAUUAUAUGUAUGUUAUUGUUGAAUUAUUUUUUUAAGUUGUUUUUUGUAUUCUCUAGAACCUUAUUUUGUAUGAAUUGUUUUUGUUUUGUAUGUUUGAGUUAAUAAAAUCUCUUUAAAAUUGA